AAUUUCAAUAAUGGCUGUCAUCAGGCUUGGACUGAUAGGGUGUGGGUAUAUAUGUAAAACUCACCUCAAAGCAUUGAAGGAGCUCAAUGAUCCUUCCAUUGCAGUAACAGCACUGGUGGAUAUUAAUAAAGAAGCAGCUGAAUCUGCCAAACAAUUGCUACCAGCACCUCAAAACUGUCAAGUGUAUGGUAGUGUAGAGGAAGCAGGAGAUGAUAGUUAUGAUGCAGCUGUUAUAAUGGUACCACAUCAUCUUCAUGUUGAAAUAGCUAGAGAGGUUUUAUCAAAAGGGAAGCAUGUCUUAUUAGAGAAGCCAUUAGCUAUCAGUAUUGAAGGAUGCAGGGAGCUAUUAGCACUAGCACAAAGCACUGAUAGAGUAUUUAUGGCAGCAGAAAAUUCUCCUCAUUGGCCUGAAGUUGUUCGUGCAAUACAGCUAAUAAAAGAGGGAGUGAUAGGAGACCCUUAUUAUGCACAAGCUAAUUAUUGGGAGGCUAUAGCAAAAGAGGAUUAUGAUGUUGGUGCUGUACCAAGCUGGGUCUACGAUCCUAAAAAAGUAGGAGGAGGUGUCCUAAUGGCUGGGGCAGUGCAUUGGAUAAGGCCAAUACGAAUGAUUUUAGGAGAAAUUGAUAAGUUGGUUGGUAUGACUGUCAAUGCGUGGGAUAGGAUGAAAGGAGAGAGUCUUGCUCAUGCUCUUGUUCAGUGUAAAAAUGGAAAGAAAGGAGUUCUUCAUUUUCAUUACAACGAUGUGCCAAAAGAAGAAAUACCUUUCUUUCAGAUAUUUGGACCAAAAGGAGAAAUUACAAUUCACGGCAAGUUUGAAGGUGGUAUUACAGUACAUACAAAAGAUAAAGUCACUACUGAUAAUUGUGGAGGAUAUUGGGGCUCUUUCAAGCCUCAAAUGGCAUCAUUUAUAUCAGCGUUAAAAAAAGAAGAGAAGAUAACAGAGGCUCAUACUGGAAGCGUUUCUGAAGCAGUGAAAGAUGUACUUGUUUCUUUAGCAAUUUACAGAUCAGUUGAAAAAGGAGGAUGGGAGAAUGUUGAUGUUUAACUCCAAAUGAACUGUAUGGUCAAGUGAAUACACAUGCACAUCUUGCUAUUUGCCCAAUUGAUUGUCAAUUUUUGUAAUGUGCUAGGUUAUUCAAUAACAGCAGGUGCUCAUUUGCAGUUAGCUUUUGUCCAUUAUCUGGUUUAUUUAGUGGAAGUAGUUAAUAGUUUUGUACGAGCAAAUAAAAGCCACUUUUCAGUAAACAACACAAUAUCUCUCUUUUUUAAUCAUGGAUAAACCAGAAAACAGUUAUGAUGUUCCUACUUUUGAAUUACAGCCGUGUGAUCUAAAACCACAAAGUCAGCCUGAUGUCAUUGAUGUUCAGCAAGGGAAUAAGGCAAAAGAGAAGUCACGCUGUAAAAUGUUUCUUCUGUUUUUUGUUCUACUUGUUUUGAUCCUACUUAUACAAGUUGCUCUACUUGUAUUGGUGCUUUUAGAGAAGAAGGCUGUUGAUUCCACAACUGCUAAUUUUUUGGAUGAUGAAAGGUGCAAAAAUUGCAAUGGAACAUUUCUAAAUUAUGCAAUAUUUGAUGAUCAACAGCUCUAUUUUGACAAAAGUUUAAAUUCUUCUGCAGAGCUGAUAGUGGAAAAGUUAAGCAGUUAUCAUUUUGAAACACAUUCUUUAGCUGCAAAUAUCAUGAACAUCAUGUAUAACCUGAGCAAUGAGCAGUUGUUGGGGCUACAAAAUAAUACUGAGAUCUUGAAAAAUGUGAUCGUUUCAUCAAAAUCGCGAGAGUUUGCAAGCAUUUUCACCUCUUUGUUGAAUCUGGAAAAUGGUAUGAAUUCCUCUGCUGGAGUGAUGAAUGAUGUUUCAAUUUUGGUUAAAAACUUGCUGGAACUUCGUAAUGAGACGACUUCUUUAGCCACAAAAACUGCCCUUAAAGUUGAGGAGAUUUUUAAUCUGGGCAAUGAGCAGUUGUUGGGAGUACAAAAUAGUACUGAGAUCUUAAAAAAUGUAAUUGUUUCAUCAAAAUCACAAGAGUUUGCAAGCAUUUUCACCUCUUUGUCGAACCUGGAAAAUGGUAUGAAUUCCUCUGCUGGAGUGAUGAAUGAUGUUUCAAUUUUGGUUAAAAACUUGCUGGAACUUCGUAAUGAGACGACUUCUUUAGCCACAAAAACUGCCCUUAAAGUUGAGGAGAUUUUUAAUCUGGGCAAUGAGCAGUUGUUGGGAGUACAAAAUAGUACUGAGAUCUUAAAAAAUGUAAUUGUUUCAUCAAAAUCACAAGAGUUUGCAAGCAUUUUCACCUCUUUGUCGAACCUGGAAAAUGGUAUUGAUUCAUCAGCUGGAGUCAUUGACAAUGUUUUAGUUUUGGUUAAAAACUUGCUGGAAGUUCAUAAUGAAACGUCUUAUUCUUUGCCGCUGUCAUGUGAACAAAUUAAAAACAAGUAUCCAAACACCCCAUCAGGUUACUAUAUUAUAGGAAACAGCAGUGUUUACUGCCACAUGGGUACACUCUGCAACUCAACCGGUGGAUGAGCAAGAUUGGCUUACCUUGAUAUGUCCCUUCCAACUGAAAAAUGUCCUCCUGGUUUCCAAAUGUACAAUACAGGUGGAGUUAGAGCCUGCGGUAGGGUCAACACAAAUACCGAUUGUCUCCCAGUGAUUUUUCCGUCUAAUAAUAUUAACUAUUCUGAGAUUUGUGGCCGUGUAGUGGGAUAUCAGCAUGCUUCAACUGAUGCUAUUGACCCUCGCUUUGGUGAUCACAAUGAUAUCAAUGGUCAUUAUGUUGAUGGAGUAAGUAUUACUCGUGGGUCUCCACGUCAGCAUGUAUGGACACUAAUGUCAGGACUGCAGGACGAAGGUACAAACAAUCAAAACCUAAAUUGUCCCUGUGCUGUAGGAGCUACAGUACCUGUUCAGUCAUUCAUUGGGGAGCAUUAUUUUUGUGAAUCUGGCAAUUCUAAUUAUUAUGCUUGGAGCUACAAUACUCUGUAUGUAGAAGAUCCACUCUGGGAUGGUAAAGACUGUGGUUCUCGUGAACUAGCUUGCUGUGCAGCUCCUGGUCUCCCAUGGUUCUACAGAAAUUACACCAACACAACAGAUGACUUUCUUGAGCUGAGGCUUUGCCUUGAUCAAAUUGUUUCAGAUGAAGAUGCUGCUGUUGGAUUUUAUGAAAUUUAUGUAAAGUAAUAAUUGCUACUGAACUGAAUUGCUUUUGUUUGCUUUUUUACAUGCUGCAAAUUUAUAGCCUUAGUUUAGUCAGAGAUACUAAAUAAUUUUAGCUAUGCUUUUAGUUUUAGAGUUUAGUUUAAGGAUUUUUUAGUUUGAUUUUUCU